UUUGUACUUUGGCUCGUUGUAGGCGACGAUAAGGACGACCUGCUAGAUGAAGCACGUACAGAAGAUGACGGCGAAUUUUACCUGAAGGGUGGCACGUACGAGGACACCCAGAUAGAGCCUGCACUAAAAAUCUACCACGAUUGUGGACACAAGUAUAAGGCCUGCAAACGUCGUGUGUACUGGCUGCUACCGGCUAAGUACAUAAAUAACGGGACGAUCACGGAAUGGAUGGAUAUUGGAUCGAUAAAUAUGGAAAUUAAUUUUGGUAACGAAGAACGUGAUUGUCGACAUAAAAGACAUCGUCUUAGCCGGCCAUAG